CCGUAACAUAUCACAGCGGUGCAACUCUACCAAAACAACGCAGUAAAAAUACUUGACAGCUGCCAUCGAUGUAUAUGUGACCCCCCAAGGGAUUUACUACUCUCUACAUACUACCCAGGUGUAAAAAGCCAGCGCCGAUGAAAAUAGAGUGGCUGCCUGAAACAAAAGAUGUCCAACAUACAGAAGACUAAUGCGCCUCAAGACCCAAACUUGUACGGGCAGAGGCCGCAAAAGAAGGCUCGCAAAGAAGCAGCACUUCCAACAUCAUUGGAUUUUACAGCACAAAUGACUUCAUUGAUAUCCAAAGGGUCCGAUACGUCAAGUCGGACGGGCAGGGGGAGGCCAGGCAGAACCAACAAAAUCGACAUUUUCAACAAUAGCAAAAGCAAGAAUACAACGACAGGAGAGGACCAAUCUGAUGCUCUAAAACUAAAAGAAACUAUUGGAACAGCCGAAGAAUCGCAAGAACUAGCACGGGCUACACGCAAGAUGGAAGAUAAAGCAAGACUAUACGCGGCUAUGAAGCGUGGUGACUAUGUGCCGAAAGACAAGGAAGCGGCGCCUCUGGUUGACUUUGAUCGCAAGUGGGCAGAAAAGGGCGCUGGAGAAAGCGAUGCCGAAUCUUCUUCCGAUGACGACCAGAGUGAUAGUGGUGAGAUCAUUGAGUAUGAAGACGAAUUCGGUCGAUUGCGUCGAGGGACCAAGGCAGAAAAGGAGAGAAUGGAGCGAAGGCAGCGCCGCGGCCUGCUUGGGGCUGAAGAGCUAGAACGCAUGUCUGCUCGGCCAUCAGCUCCUGGGAAGUUGAUUUACGGAGAUGCUAUUCAAUCGAUGGCAUUCAAGGCCGACGAUUUCGAACAGAUGGAAGAACUCGCCAAGAAACGAGAUAGGAGCGCGACUCCCCCAGAACAGAAGCACUACGAUGCGGACAAGGAAAUUCGCAGUAAAGGCGUCGGAUUUUACAAGUUUAGCAAGGACGAAGAGACGCGACAACGAGAGAUGGAAUCGCUAGGUCAAGAACGGAAGCAAACAGAUGACGUACGAAAGACAAAAGAAGAUCAGAAAGCGUUACGGCGCCUUGAGCUUGAACAACGAAGGAAUGCAUUGGAGGCGCGCAAGGCAAAGCGGCAAGCUGACAGUUUCCUACAAGGGUUGAACGCUCCGGAAGACACAUGAGCAGACACGAACCAGCCGCAUCGUCUCUCCUUAUUCUGGCGGAUAUAAUUUCUUGAAGAUUGUUACUACAAAAGUGGUACGGGUUGUCUAGCUGUGAACAAUUUGGACCCGUGCCUCUCUACCGGCGAUUCAUUUUCGUCGACGGGCCCUUCUCGCAGACACCGGAGGAUGGCGGGUUGGAAGCCGUCGAUGUUGCGACGGAGCGGCUACUGGGCUAUAAACGGGAAUCGCUCAUCGACGAAUGAGAACUGACCAAUCUACCCGCCCCGACGUCUGAGGUUCCAAGCCCACCGAGCAAGGAAGUUGUCCGACGCAGUACUGCGGAGCUCGGCUUCGGCUUGUACCUAUUGGCCAACGAGGCCCAAAGGCUGCAAUACGAGAAGACCCGGGGUAAUCCACGCGACCAGGAGCAAAUGCGCUGUCAGGAGAUGGCGCCCUUUGUAAGCAGAUAGUCAACUCUAGCUGAGCCAAUAGCACAUCGUCGCCGCCCCGACAUUCCAUUCUAAUUGAGAUGAGUGCCUAUGAGGCGUCCAUCGAGGCGAUCAUGCAUACUUGGGUCAACCAAGACAACCGGUCUCGGGCCGUUAUAAUUACAGUGUGUCAAGAGAGCCUGCAACUCGGCUUCGGGCGAGACGAGCGCCAGCGAAGAGCACUAACAGCAAGGCGUAUUAGCCGGCGUCCAAUAGCGGCAGCAGAGAGUAAGCACUGGCCCCGUCGGAUACAACUUGUCUGGGGCUGCGCAGCGAGCACUAAAUUACCAAUCCACCGCUGGCAUGCAGCAAGACCCCUUUAGCGGCACUUUUUUCCCCCUUAGUGGCCUUGCGCUGGACUGGCUUGCGUGUUGUAGUGCGCGUUUUGGUCGCCGUUUCUUUUUCUUCGGCGCCCGCGCCACCUUGAAAUGCGCCCUUUGAGUUUGGUAUCAAUUGGAGUCGCGUCGUCCGUAUCGUUCGUCUCGCAGCGCAAUAUGAUGGCGAUUACUACGGCGCAUCAUGCAAUGGGCUAAGAAGUAGCCACGGGUGUAAUAUUCUCUUUAUUCAGUCCCGUCGCUGUCGGAAUGCCUGAGGAACGAGGGCGUGGCGCGGCAUUUCCUUAUCUUCCCCAG